AUGGAACAGAGGACACGAGGGACAAGCAGGAGGCGGGAGGCGGGAGCCAGUCGAGCGGAGGCAACGGGUACUGGUUUGGGGAGUAAUCGGGUCAGAGAGGUAGAGAGGUGCCAGGGCAUGAAGGGGUUUGAAGAUGAGCGUGAGGAUCUCGAAAGCGAUCUGUUCGGUGGACAGUUAUUAUCGCUUAAGCCCCAGCACCAGCCCCAGCAGCCCCACCAGCCCCAGCACCAGCCGCCCAUCUCCAUCCCUCGGCGCUCAGGCGCUGUCGGGGAUGGAGAGCCUCUGCCCUACGCGUCCAAAUGCGCUCCGAGCGCACCCGCUCCGCCGAGAGCAGCGAAAGCCGCCGACGCUCGGGAGGUGGUCCAGAAAGCGCUGCAGUUCAAGGCUCAGGGCGGACAGUGCUACCGGGAGAAGAAAUUCCGGGAGGCCAUCGGCAAGUACCACCGGGCACUGCUGGAGAUGAAGGGGAUGGUGCCCGUCCCCGGCCCGGGGGCGCCCCCCCCGCCACCCGCACCCUCACCCGCACCCGCACCCGCACCCGCACCCUCACCCCCGCACAAGCUCACCCUGGAGGAGAGGAAGGCGGUGGAGGGCAUCGAGAUCGAAUGCUACAACAGCCUGGCAGCUUGCUUACUACAAGCAGAACUAGUGAACUAUGAGCGAGUGAAAGAAUAUUGUCUCAAAGUGCUGAAAAAGGAGAGGGAUAAUUUCAAGGCUCUAUACCGCUCUGGUGUGGCUUACUAUCAUCUCGGAGAUUACGAUAAAGCUUUACAUUACCUGAAGGAAGCGAGGGAUCGCCAGCCAACAGACACGAACGUGAUCAGAUACAUCCAGCUGACAGAGAUGAAGCUGAGCAGGUGCUUGCAGAAGGAGAAGGAAUCCUUGUAAAAAAAUAAACAGGGGAUCACCCUGGCCAGGAACGGGACAGCAAGGGAAGGGGAUGGGGCUGGACAGACAUUGACUGACCGCUGGACUUUGCUCGGCUAUUGAUAAUAUCGCUUGGAACUGGGAGGUGGGAGGGGUUAGGAAGGGGGCGAACAUACCUGGAUGAAGCCACCCAAGGUUAUUCAGCAGAGGGGAUGCACAGCGAUCGACCUUUGGUGUUUUGUGGACCAGAAAACUACAUGAGGAAGCCAGACCCAUCAUGUCUU